UGUAAGAGACGGCGUCAUUCGGUCAUUCAAGAUGGGUUGGAGAUGUCUCAGCUCGCUAGGUCUUAUGGUUUUCGUCUUUACAGGAUUUCAUCUGUGUAAGGGAUUCCGAUUUCCAGACUACACCAAACACCCGUGUUUACGGCGCUGCACAGUCGGUGAGAACCCCAGAACCUGUGAGUAUGACUUCAUACUCGAGUACAACUACGUCCUGUCUAAAGCCUGCUACGACUGCCCCUUCAACAUCACCGACUGCUACAGACCUCACUGUGUGGCGACAGAUGGUGUACAUCGCGCCAUCAUGACCGUCAAUCGCAGGUUGCCUGGACCAGCUAUUCACGUCUGUCACAACGACACGAUCGUGGUGAAUGUGAAGAACAAAAUGGAAGGCGGAGAAGGAACGUCCAUCCACUGGCACGGCAUCUACCAACACGACUCUCAGAUCAUGGACGGCGUCGGCAUGUUGACACAGUGUCCAAUACCAGUCUUCUCUUCAUUCCAGUACAGAUUCAAGGCUGAAAACCCCGGAACACAUUUCUGGCACGCCCAUUCAGGGGCUCAGAGAUCGGACGGGGUGUUUGGAAGUCUUGUAGUGCAUCAACCAGAUUCCACCAAUCCCCAGGCAGCUCUCUACCAGCAUGACCUGCCGGAACACGUUAUCAUCGUUAACGAUUGGCUCGACAAACUGGCGAUAAGCAAAUUUACAGGCGAGAACAUGGCAGGUCUUGAUCACAUGUCAAAGUCAAUGCUAAUUAAUGGACGAGGUUCGUAUCAAAAGCUCAUGGAUGAAGAGACAAACAGAACAGCUUACACCCCAAGAUCAGUCUUCAAGGUGACCCAGGCCCAGAACUAUCGGUUCCGGGUCAUAAACCCAGGUAUUAUGAACUGUCCAAUCCAGAUGUCCGUGGACAAUCACCGGCUGAAGAUGAUAGCAUCAGACGGAGUUCCAUUCGUGCCGAAGGUUGUCGACUCGUUUAUAAUAUUCGCCGGAGAAAGAUUCGACUUUGUGCUCGAGACUAACCAGACAGUCGGGAACUAUUGGAUACGGGCUAGAGGUCUGUCUCACUGCAUGAUAAAAAAAACGAACCAGGCCGCCAUUUUGAGAUACGAAGGAGCAGACGAGACUGAUCCACCAGGGACAGUGGAUUAUGAAAGUGCAGACAGAGCUGGGACGAUUUUAAAUCCACUAAACAAGAAAUCUAGUCCAACGAUGAUCUUGAUGGCGGACCUAAACAGCACGAUUGGCGAUGACCCGCGAAUGAAGGAGAAACCCGACAAGAAGUUCUACAUAGCCAUGGACUUCUACGAAAUCGACAACUACAAUUACCACGACCCAGAUUUCUACUCCAUCUUCCAGGUUGAGGGACACAUGAAGUUACUCAGUCCCCAGAUGAACCACAUCAGUCUGAUGAUGCCGCCGUCACCGCCGCUCACACAGUACUCAGACUUAUCAGAGGAUCUGUUUUGCAACACUUACACAGUUCAGGUGAAUUGCUCGGCCGAGUUUUGUGAGUGUGCACAUAAAAUGACUGUUGGCGUCGGCGACACCGUGGAAAUUGUCCUCAUCGACGAAGGCGCCACCACCAGUACCAACCAUCCCAUCCACCUGCAUGGUCACAAUUUCAGGGUGGUCGCUAUGGACAGGCUGGGUGAGUCGACUUCUCUCGAGGAAGUAAAAGCUCUGGACACGGCUGGCGGGAUUUCGAGGAAGCUGAGCGGAGCAAUAGCAAAGGACACAGUCACCGUCCCAGAUGGAGGAUACACCGUCAUCAGAUUCGUCGCAGAUAAUCCAGGGUUUUGGUUGCUACAUUGUCACAUCGAGUCUCACCUAAGCCAAGGCAUGGGGUCCAUCAUACAGGUCGGCCAGCCUCGAGAAAUGCCGAAACCUCCCAAAGGCUGGCCAAGAUGUGGCGACUGGAAAUAUACUGGAGAAGGUACAGGGACUGAAAUAGAAGAUACUGACAAAACUGGAAAUACCUGUCCGCCUACAAAUAAAGGGCACGGUGUGACGAUACCCAAGAUGUUUAUACUAAUAGUGUUCUUAGCUAUGUUCAUGAUUGUGUGAGUGCUGCUGGAGAAUUAGGAGGAAAUUAAAAAACAACAACAGAAGUAUAAAAUUUAAUUAUUAUUAUUAUUAUUAUUUUAUUUUUUUUAAACAAAAAACGCCACAAACAUUUAACACAUAGACAAAGACAUGUUUCUGUAUUUUUGGACAUUACAAACAUGGGUGAUGAAUGGUGAAGCCGCAGUAUUUCCAUUUCCGGGGUACACGGAACCUGCAGUGCAUGCCGGGUAAUCACCCCCCAUGUGGGGUCACACACUCAGGAGACACAUCCAUAAUCGCACCCGUGAAGUGGGUGAAACUCUGUGUAUGUGGCCUUACACCUACCCUUUGAGCCUAGCGGUGCACUCACUCUCGGUUGGAGUCGGUACUGGCAUAAAAAUCCCCCAUUGCCGCAUGCGCGACGAGUGUGAUAUGAUUGCAAACUUCACGAGAUGAAAUAUAAAUCAUAUUUGACAAAAAAACAAACAUGAAAUUGUCUAUUUAUUAUAUAACUUUUGGCAAUUCUUUUUAAAUGCCAGAACUUCACUUACUGAUCAUAAUGUACAUUGUUUGUUGUUUAAAUGAAGGACUCUAGUAUACAGAACUAUAAAGCAUGUCCUAACAUAUUAGUGACAUUAGACGAGUGCAAUGAAAAUUGUAUGGUCCAUGCUACAAAGACAUUGUCUACUUAAAGGCGCUGACCCUAGUUUCUUUGAAACAUUUGAAAAAUGCAUUUUGUGAUAUUAGAAACACCAGUAUGACCAGAAACACUUCGGUUGUACGGAAAUGGAUAACCUAAACAACAAAAUAUAAGUGAUGUUUGAUUUCAGUGAUCAUAAAUGGCACUAAUAGUGAACAAAUAUGCUGUUUAAACACUAGGGUUUGUCCCUAGUACUUGUAUAACACGCGUUUUGUUAUCCAUGUAGAUAAUAAAUAUUUUUACAAAUAAA